UUCAUCAUCAUGCUGUGACCAGUUGCGCGCAAAGCCAAGAGCCAGAAAGAGUCCGACCACCAACCGGGUUUUGAUCAGCUGUUGUCGGAGUUUGCGCCGCAGUGAUGUUCCUGCGCUCUUAGCGAGAGGAGAAACAGACAGGGGGUGAAAAAAAAAGACGCCGGUGUGUUGUUGUCGCUUUGUCCGCUGGACUGACAUCGCAUGGGGACAUGAACAGUGUGGAUCCAGCGUCCAACAAACUGUUGACUUUCAAUCAGCGCUCUGCCUCGGAGGACCUGGGCUGCAGGCGUGGAGACUUCAGCAGGAAACACUAUGGUUCGGUCGAGCUGCUGAUUUCCAGUGACGCAGAUGGGGCUAUUCAGAGGGCAGGACGCUUCAGGGUGGAGAAUGGCUCAUCAGAUGAGACUUCGGACUAUACUCCAGGAACCUGGAGGAGAACCGAUGUCCAUCUGGAGAAUCCAGAGUAUCACACCAGAUGGUUCUUUAAAUACUUCCUGGGAAAAGUACACCAGAACUAUGUGGGCACAGAUGCAGAGAAGAAUCCCUUCUACCUGUCAGUCGUCCUCUCAGACCAGAACAACCAGCGGGUUCCUCAGUACAGAGCCAUCCUCUGGAGAAAGACGGGCACUCUGAAGAUCAGCCUCCCCUACAGCCCGACCAAAACACUAUCAGUCAAGUCCAUCCUCAGUGCAAUGAACAUGGACAGGUUUGAGAAAGGCCCCAGGGAGAUCCUCAACCCGGAGAUUCAGAAGGAUCUGCUGGUGCUGGAGGAACAGGAGGGUUCUGUCAACUUUAAAUUUGGUGUCCUGUAUGCCAAAGACGGACAGCUCACAGAUGACGAGAUGUUUAGCAAUGAGACGGGGAGUGAGAGCUUUGAUAAGUUUCUCAAUCUGCUGGGUGAUACCAUUACGCUGCAGGGAUGGGCAGGUUACCGCGGAGGGCUAGACACCAAGAACGACACUACAGGAAUUAAGUCCAUCUACACCGUGUAUCAGGGCCAUGAGCUCAUGUUCCAUGUGUCCACCAUGUUACCCUACUCUAAAGAGAACAAACAGCAGGUGGAAAGAAAGAGACACAUUGGAAAUGACAUUGUUACCAUAGUAUUCCAGGAAGGGGAUGACGCAUCGUCGUCCUUCAAACCGUCUAUGAUCCGAUCGCACUUCACCCAUAUUUUUGCAUUAGUUAGGUAUAAUAGCCAGAAUGACAGUUACAGGUUGAAGAUUUUCUCAGAGGAGAGUGUUCCACUGUUUGGACCCCCUCUCCCAUCUCCACCUGUAUUUACUGAUCACCAAGAAUUCAGGGACUUUUUAUUAGUCAAAUUAAUCAAUGGAGAGAAAGCCACACUGGAGACACCAACGUUUGCCCAGAAGCGUCAGCGGACCCUUGACAUGUUGAUCCGCUCGCUCUACCAAGACCUCAUGCCUGACCUGCACAAGGUUCCUUUUUCUCCCCAGAACAUGUUAAACCGCCGGUCAUUUAGCGACGUGCUGCCCGAGUCUCCAAAAUCAGCACGCAAGAAGGAGGAGGCACGGCAGGCUGAAUUUGUCAGAAUAGGGCAGGCUCUGAAGCUGAAGACCAUCGUGAGAGGAGAUGCCCCAACGAGCCUUGUUACCACAGGCCUGUGCAGAAAAGAGCCAUGGGAGUCCCAGUCAUUCUGCAGCACUUUCCCCUAUGACAUCGUGUGUGCUGACUCCUGGGGUCAGUCUCUGCUGGUAGCCACCGACGCAGCGGGGGUCAUGCUGCUGGAUGGCCCCGAUCCGGCUUUAGCCAACGCUGAGAUGCCGACUCUGCCUCCAGUUCAGGUGUUUGACAAAACCAUGGUGGUGAAGCAGAUGCACGUUCUCGAGCCUCAGGACCUGCUUAUCACCAGGGCGGACAAAGGGAAGGACGCUCGGCUCUAUGUGUUCAGACUCGGCACCCUCAAGAGAGGCCUGGAGGAGAGGCAGCUUGUCAGAAGCAAGUGCGACAGCCGGGAAAAUAAACUGGAGAAAACUAAAGGCUGUCAUUUGUACUCUAUCAACACCCACCACGGCUCAGAGCUGAGGAUAGUAGCAGCCAUCAGGAACAAACUCCUCCUCAUCACCAGGAAACAUCCACGGUUUGAAGCCUUUAGCGCCGUCGCCCCGGGAGCAGACUCACCAGUGGAGGAGUUUCAGUACAUACGGGAGAUCUGUCUGUGUGACCCGCCGGUGGUGAUGGCGCUGGUGGACGGGCCAACGGGGGAAAAUGACAAUAUGAUCUGCGUGGCCUACAAACACCAGUUUGACCUGAUCAAUGAGAGCACUGGGGAUGCCUACCGGCUACAUCACGUAGACGCCAAUAGGGUAAAUUUUGUAGCGGCCAUUGAUGUGUAUGAAGACGGGGAGGCAGGUCUGCUGUUGUGUUACAACUAUAUUUGUUACUACAAGAAAGUUUGUCCGUUUAACGGCUCCACACCGAUGAUCCAGUCCAACACCUCCGACUUCCACUUCAGCUGGAACCAGAUGCCCAAUGCUAUUGUUUGUGCAUUUCCUUACAUCCUGGCCUUCACAACCGACUCCAUUGAGAUCCGACUGGUGGUCAAUGGCAACCUUGUGUACACAGCAGUGGUCCCAGAGCUACAGUUGGCAGCCUCACGGUCGGACAUCUAUUUUGUUUCGUCAGCCCCGGUGAGCUCAGCCUCCAACUGCAGUUCAAGAGACACCAGUUCCCAGAGUUCCCCACAGACGCCCACCGGCUAUGAGAUGCCCGCGUUUCCUUCGCCGCUUGGUGAUGAUUCUAUACGGAUCCCCUAUGGUACCAAGCUUUCCCUGUACAUGUCUAAGGAUGCCGAAGGUGAAGCAGCAUGUAAACACAUCUUCAAGAUCCCUCUGUGUAACUUGGUGGGCCGCAGCAUUGAAAGACCCCUCAAGUCCCCUCUGGUCAACAAGGUGCUGACGGCGCCGGCCCCGACCAUGGUGACCCCGACUCCCCUCAUCUCUGCAACACACUCACUUUCCCUGUCCCGCAUGGAGAUCAAAGAGAUAGCCAGCCGCACACGGAAGGAGCUGCUCGGCUUGACGGAGGAACCAAGUGGGAAGUCAGACAGUGGAACAGUCAAACAGAGGAAGAUGAGCAAGAAGAACACUGAGGAAGAGCCCAAAGCACGAGCACUGACGUCAACAAACAGUGACAGGUUAGCCUCAGAGUCCAUUGAAGCAGACCUGGACGUCCAGCUGCAUUGUACGUCCAGUUCGGAGGCCGAGCCAGAGAAGGUGGUGCUGCGAGCGGAGAGCCCGCCUCUCGCGUUCGGCCUCACAACAUCCUUUGAAGAAGAUGUCCUGGACCUAAAGUGAAGACAAUCCCAUCGUGCACUUCUCUGCCCACCCACUCCUGUACUGUCACCAUCAUUUUAUUGUUUUGGUUGGUUUGUUUUUAAGUUGUUGUUUGUUGGAUCCUUUUUUUUUUCUUGCCAGCUUUUUUGUUCAUAUCCCUGUAUCUUGGGGUCUCCCCAUUCAUCGGAUAAGAUGGGUGCAGUGGGAGUUAGAAGCCGUGUCUGUGUGCGUAUUUUCGUGAGCAGCCCCUCAGCCACAGUGUGUUGGGUGUUUGUGUUGAUCAGCAGUAAAUAACCCAAAGAGGCGAUGAGGUUGUGUAAAAUGCCGUGGUUUGUUCAGAGUUCUGCCACAGCUUCGAGAUAAUGUUAACGGUUUGAUCCCAAACCACAAACUGAAUGUAAAUCUGCACACAACAAGGCACGACAAAAAUCUCUACGUUCACAGUUCCCUCGGAAGUUGCUAGAGCUUAAUAUGUGUUGUAUAUUAUGUGAUUAUUUCCAAUCCACUUUCAAAUGUUGUAUGAUAUGCAUAUGUAUGUGUACAUCUGUUUAUACAUGAAAAUGCAUACACAGUGACAGGCGUGUAUGCUUGUCAUGCCUGUGAUGCAUAUUUAUAGAUAUAUUAUAAAAAUCCAUUUUAUUCCCAUAUUUAGUAAAAGUAUGAUGUUUUAUGCUCUCUGCACA